UUAGCAUAUUACAGCCCCUCCAUCUGCAUUACGUGCGCGUUCCAAGCGGUACAUAUAAAGGCUGGGGUGGCAAACAAAGCUCUGUGCUGCUCUUCCCGCCGCCACUGGCACCCGACUGGCACUCUUCUCCGACCCGUACCAUCAGCAUUGCCACCUGGGUGUCAGUUGCCGGGAAGAGCAGUGCUUCACACAACUUCCUUCAGGGAAACAGGUUUUUAGGGCGUCUCAGCUGCGCAGUAUCAGUCUUCAAGGAGCUCAACAGUGUACCCUAUCAGAACAACAACAACAUGAUGCCCAACGGAAAUGAAGACAGGUGUUCAUCCGGGUUAAAUGGCAUCCCUGGGACUCCUGGGAUACCAGGCGCGCAUGGACAACCGGGAAGGGAUGGCGGGAAGGGCGAGGUGGGUCCGCUGGGACCGAAGGGGGAUAAGGGAGACCGCGGCACCCCGGGGAAGUGCUCCUGUACCAAGGCAUCGACUAUGAACUGGAAGCAGUGCAGCUGGCCCAACCUCAACAACGGGGCAGACGUGGGAGUCAUUCAAGGCUGUGAUUUUGUUAAGAACAGUAACAUGUCGUCCCUUCGUGUGUCCGUGUCCUCCAACUUCUACGUGGCUGGCGUGUCGGCCUGCAAGAGAUGGUUCGUGACGUUUAACGGAGUGGAGUGUCGGGACCCCAUCACUGUGGAGGGCGUGCUAUGGGUGCCCAGUACGGAAACAAGGAGCCACAGACUGGGCCAGUUUGAAGGAGUUUGCAACGAUUUGAGGGCUGGUAUCAUAAGAGUGGAUUUCAACAUCGGCAACUGUCCUGACUUUGGAGACACCAACGGUUACACGGGAUGGAACAGCGCCACCAGGCUGUUCAUAGAGGAACUGCCCCCUCCUCAACAGUGAUAGAGUCGUACGCAAGAAAAUCAAUCAAUCAAUCAAUCAAUCAAUCAACCGCUGUCGUAUACACUCAUAUAUGCAUCUAUGCUAAAUGUUCCAAUCAUCAUUCUACAGGGCUGCUAGUGAUUGACUGGAAGUGAUGUAAAAGAGUUACAGCUUUGGACGAGUUUUCUAUUCAAAGGAAAAGAAAGAAUGGUUUUCGUGCAAGUAAAGAGGUCACUACCUCUAGCUAUAUAUCACUAAAAGGGCUUUUGAUGAGCGGGAAAUUUCGAGGACUCAUUUAUAAUGAGACGUUGAAAGCGCAGAAGGAGAUGUGGUUAUCUGAAAGCGUGGGAAAUCAGUUAUGCAAUCUUAGCGUAAGUAGGAGAAACCUCCAUGUGAUUACACGUGUUUAUAUCAUGUAUAUGACACCAUCAUCAAGACAACUUAAUUGCACGUCAUUUAUCAAGCACGUAUUCAUCAGUUGAUAAAACUGAAACCAUUGUCACAAAAACUCUCAUUUCUGCACGAAUCGUCUGUCAUGCUGCAUCCAAGGCUGUGGUGAAACUUUGGCAACUAUUUGAAAAAAUGAAAAAAAAAAGUAAGCAAAAAGUUAAAUUUUCUUAAAGCCCCUUUGUACGAACAAGGUCUAGUCUUCCAUCCUAUCUCGAGCAGAUGCACACAGUGAGCGCAAGUGCAAGACGAUUAAAGCGUUAGUCAGAAGUCUUCUAUAGUAAAAUGGCGGUAAUUGGCGUCCAAACCUCUCCCAAAACAAAACUAUAUAAAAAUGAUUUUUUCCAAAAGCCACAGAUUCUGGGUGUGGUUGUGGCAGGGGUUCGUGCAGCAGUGCUUAGUCAGGUUCAACAUAACCCGUAGACAUGUUUUAGACUUAGACCAACAACAUGAUACCAUCAACAUAGUACACUGUUGACCCUUAUUCUUACUUGAAGAGAUGUGAAGUGGUGAAGCGACUUUGUAUAUACACAUGUCUUACUUUGCUCAUUAUUGAUACCACGUGUGGUGUGAAUGUAGCAACUGACUUGACCUAUGCUUUUUUUUAGGAUCACGUAGCGCUUCCUUUUCUAUUGGUUUGCUGGUGUAGCUGACCAUAACGUGCCACAUGUAAGCAAAUCAUUUAGAGAACAAGUCAUUCUACAUGUAUCUCAAGCGAUAUACAGACGUUUUGCAACAUACGGAACAUUUGCACUAGUACUGUUACUAGACUGUUACUAGACUGUUACUCCAGUCCCUGAGCACUCAUGUAGUACCAAAGGAACAAAAUGACGGAAAGUCUUGAUCGGGGCAGGGUUAAAGACAACUACAAUAGACAAAACCAAAUAUGAACCGCAGCGCUUGCAGCCAUCAUGGAUAAAAUGCGUUUUAAUAGAUAGAAACACACUAGGCGUUUUAGAGGUAAACGUAGUCGUUUUUAACAGAUUGUUUAAUCAAAUUGCCUGCGAGGACAUUUUCUAUACUGAUCGAUAUCACAAUAAGAAACGUUCACCGUCACCCAUGUCAUCAAAUUAGUAACGCCAUUAGUAAUUUUGGAACAAGUGAAGAUUCAAGAAAGGAAGGCUGAAACGUGAUCUUGCGGAAGAUGACAUGGUCGUGUGCAGAAUGUCUUAAGAUUGACAGAACUGUAAACAUUAUGACAUGUAAAGGUGAUGUCUCGUGUGUCAUUUUCUACCAUUGUUGGCACACAUAUACAAAUUGCCUGCCUACACGAAUUGUAUAUCAGAGCACAUUGUUGGACUCAAGGAAAUGUAGGAUGUAUGUGUUGUAUAUUCAAGCUUAGCAAUGUCACAAGCAGAGAAUGACACGUCAAUGGAUAUAUGCAUGGCUGUGAAUGUCAAGUAAAGUAUUGUCAAAAACA